AUCCCUGAGUGUCUUUAAAUACAGAUAAAAGCAUAGAUUAUUUUAUUGUUGAUUAAUUAUCGUUAUCUGACAUAAUGAACGAUUAAUUCGAUGUCAUAAUGUGACUCAAAAAAGAACGAUUUUUUUGUGAAAACCAUCAUCCAAAAAGACUCGCGACAACAGUUGAGACAUCCAAUUUAUGUAAUUCGUUUUCCCAAGUUUCCAGGCGUGAAAAUCAAACGACAAAAGGCGAAAGUGUUCUUUAGACAGGAUAUAAGACCGAGGCCCACAUGUAGGCGGUCGCAGAAUAGCUAUGACAGCGGUGAUGAAGGCAUAUCUCGUAUUACUAUUGUGCGUCGCGACCUGUUUGGGGGAGGACGCUUUGAAGGCGAACGACCCGUCCAGGAGUCAAGGAAAAAGAGGUGUCGAAGUCGUGGAUGAUUAUUCAGGACAUGGAAACAAUGGACAUUCGGGAGCGGUGAGCUUCAGCCAUGUGACCCAUUCGUACCAAAACCAUCCAGUACAUCAUCAGCAAGGUAUUCAGCAGCGUCAACAUUUGCAGCACGACCAGCCUGUCCAGGUCCACCAGUCGGUUCAGUACCACCAACCCGUGCAGCAAUAUCAACAGGUGCAGCACUAUCAGCCCUUGCAACAUUACCAACCCUUGAACACGUACGCGAUAACCAAGGAGGUCCCUUACCCGGUCCCGGUCGAGAGGCCGGUACCCGUACCCGUUAAGGUCCCGGUCCCUGUACCCGUCGAAAGGCCGUUCCCGGUCCCUGUGAUCAAACCUGUACCUUAUUACGUUGAAAAGCACGUCCCGGUGCCCGUCAAGGUUCCCGUUAAAGUAGAACAACCAGACUACAUUCUUACUAAGGUGCCACUCGUCUACCAUGCGACAUACCAGGACCAGCCCGCCUACAAUACAGGUUACAAUCAAGGUUUCUCGGAUUAUAACGGAGGAAAGAACCAACAAUUUCAACACCAGCGUGGUUACAACGAGCAAUAUUAAGCCUUCGAUCGCUUAAGAUAUAAUUCUAAUAUGUAAUAUAUGCUUUGUACUUUUUUAAGG